GCGCGGGGGCGGGGGCCGGCCCGCUGCGCAGGGCGGGCGGUGCCUCGCCCGGGGCCCGCAGGCUGCGGCCCCGGCGCGGUCCCGGUGGGGGCGGUGCGGCCCCUCCUGCCCGGGCUGCUGGGAGUUGUGGUCCGCGGCGGCAGCGGCGAACGGAGCGGAGCGGAGCGGCGGCCCCGGGUGGCCCCGCACGGCCCGGCGCGGGCAGCAGAGCCUCCCUCCAGCGCUGCCUUUCAGGAUGAUCAGCCCAGGAGCACGGGCAGCGACUCCCUGGGCACAUCACCACUGACCCGCAGCACUGGCACCCCCAGGCAGCCUGGCUGCUGAUGCAGAGCUCCUGGGCGCGCAGGGGAGAGCCGCAGCUCCGCGUCCCCAUGGCAGCCCCUUCGCCCUACGCCCCGGCCCAGCUGCAUGGUGUGGGUGCCCCUGAGGAGCACCAGGACUGACCGCCGGGCCCCCCUGCACGCAGCCCCCGCCCGCUGCACCACCAUGUCUCUGGAGUGGCUGCUGGACUGGAGCUGGUCCCUGGACGGGCUGCGGGAUUUCAUCGCCACUGGCAUUCAGUCAUUCCGGGACUGCGACACCAGUGCCCUGGCCGCUGUCGCCUGCCUCCUGCUGCUCUUCGUCUGGUACUGCUACCACGUGGGGCGGGAGCAGCCUCGUGCCUACCCCACCGUCAAUGCCCUCAUGCAGAGCGCCGAGGCCAACGGUGUGCAGAACGGCUUCGUCUACUGCCACUCGCCCGAGUGCGUGCGCUGCGCUCACCACGACGGGCUCAACCAGAAACUCUACCACAACCUGCAGGAGUACGCCAAGCGCUACUCCUGGUCUGGCAUGGGCAGGAUCCACAAGGGCAUCCGCGAGCAGGGCCGUUACCUCAACAGCCGGCCCUCCAUCCAGAAACCAGAAGUCUUCUUCUUGCCAGACUUGCCAACCAUGCCCUACUUCUCCCGGGACGCUCAAAAGCACGACGUGGAGUUGCUGGAGCGUAACUUCCAGACCAUCCUGUGCGAGUUUGAGACCCUCUACAAAGCUUUCUCAAACUGCAGCCUCCCGCAAGGAUGGAAAAUGAACAGCACGCCCAGCGGGGAGUGGUUCACCUUCUACCUGGUGAACCAGGGCAUGUGCGUGCCCAGGAACUGCCGGAGAUGCCCACGGACGUACCGCUUGCUCGGGAGCCUCCGCACCUGCAUUGGCAACAAUGUAUUUGGGAAUGCGUGCAUCUCUGUGCUGAGCCCGGGCACCGUCAUCGCUGAGCACUACGGACCCACCAACAUCCGCAUCCGCUGCCACCUGGGUCUGAAGACGCCCAGCAACUGUGAGCUGGUGGUGGGGGGUGAGCCGCAGUGCUGGGCUGAGGGCCGCUGCCUGCUCUUCGACGACUCCUUCCUGCACACGGCGUUCCACGAAGGUCCCCCAGAGGAGGGUCCCCGCGUGGUGUUCAUGGUGGACCUGUGGCACCCCAACGUUGCUGCUGCGGAGCGCCAAGCCCUUGACUUCAUCUUCGCCCCGGGACGGUGACGGUGCUGCCGGUGUCAUGGGUUCCAGGGCGGCCGUGCCGGCUCAGCUCCGCCAUGCAUGGACGCCCGCCACGAUGGCAUGCAGCCUCGGGGUCCUCCCUCUCGGGGCUCCUGUAAAUGGAAACUGUCACCUGCAUCAACGCCCAUCUCUUUAUUCCCAUCGUUGGCUUCAGGGAUUAUUUUCCAACACGCCAGCGCAUCGCCUGCCCCCCAUGGUUCGCUGUAGCACCACGCCCGUCCGUGUUAUGUUGCUACUGUGUUUUGCGGUGUUCAGAAGUAGAGUAACUAAACCAAGGGUGUUUGUCUGAAUGUAAUAAUGUAAAACUUCUUGUGGUUGUCAAAAGAACAGCACACACACAUCAAACCAGCCAACCGGCCCAGCGCUGAGCUCAGCCUACCUCUACCCCUGUUGCUGUCCCCAGACAGAUGGACAGAUGGACACCAGAGGCUGCAGCAGGCACGAUGCACCCCAGGGCAGAUGAGGCAGCAAAGGCAGCGCUCAGCCUGCAGAGAGCUCCUGCACCACCAGCCCAGGGGCUCCUGCCCCCCUCGUAGCAGGGCCCCAGCCCACAGUUCCCGUCCCUCCUGCCUCAGCAACCCAAUGUCCAGCCUGGCGAGGGGACAGUGCACAUCAGGCCCCACUCUUUAAUCUGACCAAGGGAGUUAUCAAUUGCCUAAAUCCCCUCCUGGCUUUGUCUGCAACCUUCGGUUUUCACCGCUCAAGCUGGGAAGCCCCUGCCGGGCAGGGACACGUUGAGAGUGGAGAACAGGGCUUUUGUCUGUCCAUAGCAAAGGGAGGAGGUGACGCUUCCUUCCGCUGCUCCAGCGUCUCCUCUCCUGAAGCCAGAGUGAGCAUACAGAGCAGCACCUCACACAUACCUGACAGCACAGGAAAGGUUUCCCAAGGCAGCAGGUGUUUCGUUCUGCAGCCCAAGGGAUGAGCCCUCCCCCCUGGGACUCCUGCCCACCCAGCAACCAAUGCACUUUUCCUGAUGUCACCAAGCAUCCAGGGUUUGUUUGGGGGUUUUGGGGUGCAGAGGUACCGUAGGGUUUAUAACAUGCUACAGAUGAAGCACAGCAUGUCGUGGGUGCUCACUGCCGUCCUUGCACCUCUGGUUGGGACACGUCUGUGCCGGGGUCGGUGGCCUCAGCAUGGCUCUGGGGACCGCUCGCCCCCGCACCCGGGAGGGAACACAGCCCACCUGCCCUAUGAUUUCUUUACCAAUUUUUCAGUGAUUAGAUUGCAAGAUAAGGCAGAGAUUUCAAAUACAUCCAAGAGAUUUUUUACACCUGUCUUGUUACAGAAAAUCUGAAGUGCAUGAUUUCUACACGCAUUGACUGCCUGGAACCAGAGCCCAAGGAAGCAGGAAGCAGGCUGGCUCGGCAACUGUCUUACGGUUUGGUGACAUCCAUACAGUGGAUAAGCAAAGAUUAUCAAUAAACUGUUGUGCUGAAAACAGAA